GGCCGGGAAGCAUAGUUGUUCCCCCGCCCAACGCAGCGCGUGGUCGUGACAAUGUGGUCCACGGUGAUUCUUCUAGGUGUGCUUUUGAUCGUGCCAUCGCUGCUGGCCGACGAACACUGGUGGCAGCAUGCCAACUUUUAUCAGAUCUAUCCACGAUCGUUCAAAGACAGUGACGGCGAUGGAGUCGGAGAUUUGCGCGGCAUAAUGGAAAAAGUUCCGUACCUGCGACGCGAGCUCGGCAUCGAUGCAAUAUGGCUGUCGCCGAUCUUCAAGUCACCGAUGGCCGACUUUGGCUACGAUAUUGCCGAUUUCCGCGACAUUCAUUCGGAGUUUGGAACAAUUGCUGACCUGGAAGCGCUGGCGACCGCUUGUAAUGCAGAGGGGCUCAAGCUAAUCCUGGACUUUGUUCCGAACCACAGCAGCGAUGAAAGUGAGUGGUUUCUAAAGUCCGUCCAGAAGGAUCCCACCUACAGCGAUUACUAUGUGUGGCACCCGGGUAAGACGCUGGCUAACGGGACGCGCGUGCCUCCUUCGAACUGGGUGAGUGUCUUCCGUGGUUCAGCCUGGGAGUGGAACGACGUGCGGAAGGAGUACUAUCUCCACCAGUUCCUGGUUAAGCAGCCCGAUCUGAACUAUCGCAAUCCCGCGCUAGUACAAGAAAUGAAAGAUGUGAUGACGUUCUGGCUUGGCAAAGGCGUCCAUGGAUUCCGCAUCGAUGCCGUGCCGUAUCUUUUUGAAUCGCUGCCCGUUAAUGGCGUGUAUCCGGACGAGGAGAAAAGCGGCGAAACGGACGACCCAGACAAUCCGACGUACUUGGUUCACCAGCACACACAGAAUCUAGAUGAAACGUUCGACAUGAUGUACCAGUGGAGAAAGGUGGUGGAUGACUUCAAGCAACAGACACAAUCCGAGGAUAUCGUCCUGAUGGCGGAGGCUUACACGCCUCUACUGAACAUUAUCCGGCUAUUUGGUAAUGAAGUUUCGGAAGGAGCACACAUUCCGUUCAACUUCGAGGUCCUUAGCAAUACGUUCAAGGAUACGACGGGACAACAGUUUUACGACAACAUCAAGCGUUGGCUGGACGUGGUGCCAGAGAAUAGAUUUUCCAACUGGGUGCUUGGCAAUCACGACAACAAACGAGUCUCGUCGCGCCUGGGUGUUGCACGGGCAGAUCUUUACCAGAUAGCGCUGAACGUGCUGCCGGGAGUUGCUGUCACGUACAAUGGCGACGAGCUAGCGAUGGAGGAUGUCUUCAUCUCCUGGAAGGACACCAUCGAUCCGGCAGCCUGCAAUUCUAACCCCAAGGACUAUCUGCUGUACAGCCGCGACCCGGUGCGAACACCGUUCCAGUGGGACGAUUCGGUUAGUGCCGGUUUCUCAACCAACCGCACCACCUGGCUACCGGUCGCGUCCAACUACAAAACCCUCAACUACAAAGCGCAGAAAGCUGCGCCACGCUCCCACGUGAAAAUAUUCAAAGCUCUCGUUCGGCUCCGCAAACAGCGCACACUGCGCGAAGGAACGAUGGAAAUGCAGUUGGUAGGCGAUAACAUAAUCGUGAUUAAACGGCACCUGGAAGGAGCGAGCACAAUUAUUGCCGUGCUUAACUUCAACAAAACCACCGAAACCGUUAAACUGUCGUCGGUGUUUCAAGGACUUCCAUCCGCCUUUGAGGUGAUUACCUCGUCGAUGCAAACCGACUACAUAGAUGGUUCCAUCGUAGGACGAGAUGAGGUUGUGUUGCCCGCUGACGCAGCUAUCGUCUUGGAAGGAAAUGUCGCGAAUGGCAUUUAGAUCGCGGCUGUAUUAUCAUUUGACUGUUGUUAUUCAAAAUAUGUAGCAAACUUUAAGUGUAUAGUUUGCGAGUGGACAGUUCUCUGCACAAAAAUAAAAAAGAAUAAAAACUA